AUGCUGACUGUUGUGGUCGUGCGUGUUGAACCUGUGACGCAGAAGUACGCUCUGCCCGUCGCAACCGCGGAGAACUCGCUGCUGCCCGCCCGAACGCUGCGGGCGGUGACGUGGAUCUUCGUCUGGUGGCAUCGCCCUGGGUGGUGCACCAACACCCGGCAGCGGCGCCACUGCGGCUACCGCUGCUGCGAUGUCUUGUACGUCUGGACGUACGACGCGGAGAAGGAGCACAUCGCGCUUCUCGUCGCCAGGGGUGCUGCCGCGGGUUCAGCACAACAGACGAGGAAAUCGACGGUGCGGGUGGAGGUAGAAAACUCGACACGCGUGGGUGGUACGUUCCGCCCAGAAGGAGGACACACAGCGGCCUCAUCGUGUGUCUGUUUCUCAGGGACUGCUGCAGUCGUAGCCAUCGCGAGCAGCUGGGGGCGCCGAGGCCGUAAAAUGAGACGUUGCCACCUCUUCAAACUGCAGUCUGCGAAGACCCGGGAGCCACCGCGUUACCGCGUUCCUUAACCUUAAGGGGGCCCUGACAACCGAUGUUCCGGUUCAGAUUUGGGGGUGUAUGUUGGUUUUAGACUGCAUUGGAAACCCCCUUUUUGAAAAUAAACAUGAUCACACCGCCUGUGUUCCUGUUCACCCCAAGGAGAGGAAGAAGCACGUGCACACACAUCAGACCGGUCCAAAUGAGCAACGAGCCUACAACGGCUCAACAACCUUUGACUCAUGUCGAACUCGAAGGAGGGUUGAGGUCAAUUGAACCGUCUCAGGGUUGGCUAAAGCACGGUAGAGUCGAAAACCUACUUGGCUGGCAUGUUGGCGCCAUUCAACAGUUCCUAAAAUCGAACCAGCCCGAACAGCGGGGCAGCACGAGGCGCAACACACCUCUGUCUAACGCUGAAGUGGAGUUAGGGAAGGCGGGGAUGCACUUCAAUGAA